AUGGAAGGAGUCAAUGCUGAGGGUGAUUUCGAUGAAAUAUUUGAUUAUAAUGAUGACGCUGAAAUGGGAGAUCAUUGUCGCCAUACAUGUGGUACACAACAAACCGCAGAGGAAAAUGUACAAGGGGAUGUUAGCUUGAAUUUGGAAAUGGAUGAGGCCAAUGUUUUAGAAAAGUAUGGAAUUUAUGGAGACCCAUUCAAGUUGAGUAAGAGUAGCCUUAUAGGCCACGUAUUUGACUCUUUUGAUUCCGCCGAAGAAUUUAUAUAUGAUUACGCUAAGGUUGUGGGAUUUAGCCUUCGCAAAAGUUACAUGAGGAAGAAUUCUUGUGGAGAGAUUCGGGAAAGAGAGCGGGUUUGCUCACGACAAGGAACUAGGUCAAACAGUCAUUUGACAAGGGAAACUAGGAAAAGGAGGCCCAAUGCUCUAACUCGAGUGUGUUGUAAGAUGGCUUUCCGAGUUAAUCUUGUUAAGACAACUAGCAAGUGGGUCUGCAAGGAGUUUAUUACUGACCAUUCCCACCCGUUGACUUUCGAAUUGCACAAGCAAUUCCUUCGAUCAAACCGGGUUGUUUCAGAUGGAUAUACUAACCAAGAGAAGUCCUUGAAAGAAGCUGGUGUUCGGACGUGUCACAUAAUGUCGUACAUGGCAAAUCAAGUUGGAGGUUACCAUAAAAUGCCUUUUACAAUGAAGGACCUUUACAAUCGAAUGUCAGCUGUGUCAACAGUUGACUUUGCUGCAUCAGAUGCCGGUCGAGCGUUGGGGUACUUAGAACAUAAAGCGGAUAUGGACCCUGAUUUCUUUGGAAUUAUUUCAUAUGAUAAUUCAAAUCAACUUCUGAACUUAUUUUGGGGUGAUGGGAAAGCUCGUUUAGAUUACGAGACAUAUGGACACUCAGUUGCCUUUGACUCGACUUAUAAAACAAAUAGCUACGGUAAGCCCUUGUUGAUAUGGAUAGGAGUCAAUAACCACUUCAAAACAUGUCCAUUAGGCUAUGCAAUCCUUGAUAAUGAGUCGACAAGUAGUUAUAUGUGGGCAAUAAAGGCAUUCCUCGAAUACAUGAAUGGGGUGGCGCCGAAGACUGUGGUCACAGAUGGUGAUCUUGCUAUGGAAGCAUCCAUCGAAGCGCUAAUGCCGAAUGCAGUACACCAUCUUUGUUAUUGGCAUUUAAACAACAAAUCUAUUUUGAAGGGUAAGGACUGUACGUUUAUGGAAAGGCUUAGUGACUUAUGUUUCACGUACUAUGAGGAGGAGGUGUUUGACCACAAACUGAAUGAACUAAUAACAGAGCACGAACUAGAUGGCAUCGACUAUGCAGCAAAACUAUGGUCAACAAAACACAAGUGA